ACUCCGAGAUUUCACAAUGGCUAUCUCAAACCGUUUACAACGAAGAUUUAAUGGCUAUCUUCUACCGUUCCCCAAAGGAGUUCAAAGGCUAUCCGUGAACCUUUACCCAAGGAUUUAUACGGCUAUCCUUGACCGGUACAAUGUGAGAAUUUAACGGUUAUUCUCGACCGUAAGAAUGUGUGUUUGAUGAACACAAUCAAGGAUUCUGCACAACGGCUAGAAUGUUAAAAUGAAGAACAAAACUUUGAUGGUGUAGAAGGAAAGUAUACUCUCUCAAAAAUACAAUUCAAACUUAUGAAUAUGAGAGUAUAUAACUAGAAACACAAGCUCAAAGUGUGUGUAUAAAAAUCAGGAAUUUAAGGCUCUUGAAAUAGCCAAAAUAUUGAAAAUAAUUAAUAAAAGGAUGAACACACUUAGAAUAAAAAGAGAGGAUGUUUAGAGCUUUGUUUCUUGAAGAAAUAUGAAGGAUUAGGCUUGUAUUAGCUGUUGGGAGGUGAUUAGGGUUGAUUUAAUUCAAAAUCACAAAUCAGGAACAGUAACCCAACGGUCACGGUAGGCCGGUACCGUCCACACGGUAGCAUGGUACCGUGCGUACGGUAGGGGGUACCGUGAGUGGCGGUACCUCGGUACUGUGUAACACUGAAAACUGAUUCAGCUCCAGCGGUACCUGGAUAGGACGGUAUGGGGUAUCGUGUAGGCGGUAUACCCUACCGUUUGGGCGGUAUUGGGUACCGCUAGGGGUACCGUGACUCUGUUCUGAUUUUUCCAAAAUUCCCUUAAUCCUUCGUGUUUGAGUUUAAAACCUUUUAGAUGUUUGAAAAUGUUUAUGGGAUGGUUUUAAACAUAUUUUGUGAGUGCUUUUGAGCUUGUGAAUAUAGGUAUAUAAAGUCAUAUCCUUACAUUGGUUUCUACCUAUAUUCUACGUUAGUUUAGUGUUUCGAUUUCAUUCUUGAGUACCGAAUUUUAAUGGAUUCUUUUUUUUCCUGAAACACUUAAACAAAUGUUAAGCUCUUAUAUUGUUUGUUAACAUUAAAACAUGAGGCUUAGCAAACCAAGGCUAACAACACAUAUGACUUAGGCUCAUUUAAAGAUGUUGAAUAGCAUAACUUUAAGCCUAUACUUUUUUUCUUACAUUUAAAAGAUGAUUUUUUCGAUCUUGCAUAUUGUUGUAUUAUUCUUUUAAUUCUCAGUAUGUGCUUAGUGAUCGUAUCAUCAUUUAUUUUUUAAUGAUAUGCACUUUUGAUUUAGUUUUCUGCUUGUAGAAUGUAUAUUACUCCGUACAUGAUAUGCCUUGAAGCUAACAGUUUAUGCCGCACAGAUCUAAUUUGAGUAAGUAAUGUUCUGUUCAAAGCGUACCUUUCAAGAGUAUCAGCACUUGCUUGAAAAUGAAGGCAGAGCUCCAAAUGACUUUACUAUACAUGAUAUAGAUGAAACUUAUAGUGAACAGGACAAUGAGUACAAUCAUGAUUAUGGAGAUGAUGAUGACUGUGAUGUCGUGUUUUAUUUGGAUCCAUCUCUUAUACCCGUACCUGAAGGGUUUAAUGAUGAUGAUGAAGUCUUGAACAUAUAUGCUCAAGGAAACAUGAGUAAGCUUAGGGGACGAAUUACUGUAAAAGUGGUGAUUGGCUUGGAUGCUGGAACUAGAAUUCUAGUACCAAUGAACAAGCUUUUACAGCCUGUUAAGAAAGCGGGAGAUCUGUUCAAUCGAUUUCUAGCUGACAUUGCAAAGCGUCCUCAAUUCUGUCCUAUAAGUUAUAGUGAUUGGUCUGUUGUGCCUACAUUAUAGACAAAUUGCAUAUUAGACUAUAUAAAGGUACAAAAUAGGAGGACUUAUAUAAUUUACCCAUUUCCAAGUCACGUGACAAUGAGCGUCUUGUACGUCUGAAAGAGGUGGAUGACGUUAUGUGGGCUGGAUUUGUGACAUUGUGUUUUUCAACAGAGUUUGAGAAAAAGUCUCAACAUGGGAAGAAUGCUAGAGGAGAACUAACACAUUCUCACACUAAUGGAUCUAAAAGUUUUGCAAUAUCAAUCGAUAAGUUUGAAAGGAAGCAUAAACGAAUGCUAGGGUCUAUCGAGCGGUUCAUACAAACACGUGAGAAGAAAGAUAAAACCUUUCAUGAUCCCAUCACAAUAGAGUUUGUGGCCACACUAAUUCCAUAAAUGAUGGUGAGUCUC